AAAAUAAAAAAAAAAGUCUCGCGAGAUUUCAGCCUCAAGACGCAGGUCUGAGGUUACAGAGGUGAUAUCUCGCGUUACCUUCUCGCUUGUCUCUCAUUCCGCCACGGUCCAGCAGUUGGGAAGGUGCUUCAUCUCAACAGAUCCGCAAUAGACUACAUUUUGGACAAUUUAAAUUUACAUUUGUAACGAACUAAGUUUUUUUAUAUAUAUUUAACGUAAACCACUAAGUCCGCCGUACUUUAAAAGCAACUGUCGGUCUAAACUCGCGUUGAAAUUUAUUUAAAGAGAAAGCUUAAGUUGCCGUGUAUAAUUGAGCUCAAGCCGGUAGCGCUAACAAAGAAAAUCCUUUCUCUUCAUAAAAUAAUCCACCACCACUCUCUUUAGUUAUGAGUCAUGUCGUCGUUGAUAAUUCACACGGUCUAGAGGAGCAGCUUGCUGUCCUAGACUUGAACUCUGCUGACAUACAAGGUGGAGGAAGUGGCAGGCGUUACAUUCCACCUCACUUGAGGAACAAAGAGGCUUCCAAAAAUGCAGGAAAUGCUUUUUCCACUGGUAGACAGUGCGGUUAUUCAGUGGCACCUAUAAAUAUCUAUUCACCUGGAUGGGAUAGCGGACGCACCAAUGGAUAUGUGAAUGGUUUCCAUGACAACCGCCCAAACGGUAGCUUUGGAGGGCGUGGACCUCCUCGCAAUGAUAGAGGGUUUGGCAAUUUUGAAAACAAAGAUGGCGGCUGGGGAGGACCUCCUAGAGAUGCUGCCUACAACAGCUUUGGAGGGCGUAAUGAUCGGACCAAGUCUGCCUUUAAUGACAGAGGAGCUGGCUCAAGAGGAAGGUAUGAGCGUGGAGGCUUCGCUGGUGGAGGAAAUAGCCGCUGGGUGGAAGACUCCAGAGAAGACGACUGGUCCAAGCCCACUCCACCCAACGAACGUCUGGAACAUGAACUUUUCUCUGGAAGCAACACUGGGAUAAACUUUGAGAAAUAUGAUGAUAUUCCUGUGGAGGCGACUGGAACAAACAGCCCUCCUCACAUUGAAAGUUUUCAUGAUGUGGACAUGGGUGAGAUUAUCAUGGGGAACAUCAAUCUGACCCGUUACACUCGUCCUACUCCUGUCCAGAAGCAUGCCAUUCCCAUCAUCAAGUCGAAGAGAGACUUGAUGGCCUGUGCCCAGACUGGCUCUGGUAAGACGGCUGCCUUCUUGCUGCCAGUGCUGAGUCAAAUCUACACAGAUGGACCAGGAGAUGCUCUGCAGUCCUCAAAGAACAGUGGACAGGAGAAUGGAAGAUAUGGCCGUCGUAAGCAGUACCCCAUCUCUCUUGUCCUGGCUCCAACCAGAGAACUGGCAUUGCAGAUCUACGACGAGGCAAGGAAGUUUGCUUAUCGCUCUCGUGUGCGUCCCUGCGUGGUCUACGGUGGCGCUGAUAUUGGUCAGCAGAUCAGGGAAUUGGAAAGAGGCUGUCACCUGUUGGUGGCCACACCAGGACGUCUGGUUGACAUGAUGGAGAGGGGCAAGAUCGGUCUGGACCACUGCAACUACUUAGUCCUGGAUGAAGCUGACCGCAUGUUGGACAUGGGUUUUGAGCCCCAGAUCAGAAGAAUUGUAGAACAAGAUACAAUGCCACCAAAGGGAAUUCGUCAGACCAUGAUGUUCAGUGCCACUUUCCCCAAAGAGAUUCAGAUCCUGGCUCGAGACUUCCUGGAGGACUACAUAUUUUUGGCAGUAGGCCGUGUUGGCUCCACUUCAGAAAAUAUCACCCAGAAAGUGGUCUGGGUAGAGGAGACCGACAAGAGGUCCUUUCUUCUGGACCUUCUCAAUGCCACAGGCAAAGACUCUUUGACUCUAGUCUUUGUGGAAACCAAGAAAGGAGCUGAUGCUCUGGAAGACUUCCUCUACCGUGAGGGCUACGCCUGCACCAGCAUCCAUGGAGAUCGUUCCCAGAGAGACCGAGAGGAAGCUCUGCAUCAGUUCCGCUCUGGGCGCUGCCCAAUCUUGGUGGCUACAGCUGUGGCUGCACGUGGUUUGGACAUCAGCAAUGUGAAGCAUGUUAUCAACUUUGAUUUGCCCAGUGACAUUGAAGAAUACGUUCACCGUAUUGGCCGUACGGGACGUGUGGGCAAUCUCGGUCUGGCCACGUCGUUCUUCAACGACAAAAACAGCAACAUAACCAAAGAUUUGUUGGACAUCCUGGUUGAGGCCAAGCAGGAGGUUCCUUCCUGGCUUGAGAGCCUGGCUUAUGAGCACCAGCACAAGAGCACCGGCCGAGGACGCUCAAAGAGGUUCUCAGGUGGUUUUGGAGCCAGAGACUACCGUCAGACGCCAGGUGGAUCUGGAGGGUUUAACAGUAGCCGUCCAGGACGCAACCCCGGAGGUCAUGGAGGGAACCGUGGCUUUGGUGGAGGUGGUUUUGGUGGCAACUUCUACAGCAAUGAUGGCUACGGAGGAAAUUACAACCACUCUGGUAGUGUGGAUUGGUGGGGAAACUAGUCUUCAUAGGAACAGGUUGCCAUGCCAACCCAGUGGAAACCACAUGUUCAUGUAAGCCAGACUGUAACAACCCUCCUGUAGCUUCACUGACAGUACAUGACCAACCCUGGUUCUCUGCCAUUCGCUUCUCAUAAAGGAAGUGCAGCACGACGCAAAGGAAGUCACCAGCACGUGCAAAGCACUGGUGCCUGCAGAGAUUUGCACACCUCAAAGUGAGCAUGGAUGCUAACGUGCAUUGUCCCACUGCAACCUUGGGCUUUUCAUCGUUAAAGUAUUUUUGUUCCUAAUGUGGGGAUUAAAACAAAUUGGGGUUGAACCUGUUGAUGUACUGUGCCUUUUGAAUUUAAACUGGAAAUUAGUUUCAUUUCACCAGAUUAACAUGGCCAAGAGCUCUAAAUUUGUUUUUACUAGUAUUUUGUUUCAAGAAAAAAAAUAGCAAGUUGAACUAAGCUUGAACUUAUUCAAACCUUGGCAACCACUUGGGUAUUGUGGCUCUCGGUCAUAAUUCCAUUUGAAACUCAAAUUUAUUUCAGAAACAUUGUGUGGCUUUUUGUCAAACAGGUAAUGGUGUCAUUACCAUAUUUAUAAAAAUCUGGGCCGCUCUGUGAAGCAAAUGUUUUAAGCCUAAGAGACUAAGUUUUUUUUUUUUUUUGUUUAUUAUUUUUGCUCACUCUAUCCUGAACGGGCUCUGUUUAUGGAUAUGGUAGUCUUUAAAAAAAAAAAAAAAGCCAUUCCUAUUGAAAUCUUAAACACAGAAGUCAUUAAGCUCAGUGCCAACAAUCGCUGAGGUAGAAACAGAAAACUGAAUGCUGGAACUCGUUACUCCAACCUUUUCAUUGACUUGACAGUGUUAUGGCAGCUGGUAUGUUACCGAGUGCUAGCUACUUUAAGUGGACGGUGUUUUUUGUUUUUUACUUGAAACAAUAUUUGUGCAAGCGUUUUAAGAUUUAAAAAAACUUAAGUCAGUUAUUUUGAAUUGUUUAUUUACACAUGUGUA